AUGCCUACAGAAAUGAGAGGACUCAACCAGUAUAUCGCGGACCUGAGAGCUUGUCGGGUCCGCGAACUAGAGGAAAAGCGCAUAAACAAAGAAAUGGCAAACAUCAGACAAAAGUUUAAAGACGGUAAUCUGGAUGGGUAUUCGAAGAAAAAGUAUCUGGCGAAAAUCGUUUUCACUUACAUUCUAGGCUAUCCAGUCGAUAUCGGCCACAUGGAAGCUGUCAACUUGAUCUCAAGCACUAAAUAUUCGGAGAAACAAAUUGGUUAUCUGGCCUUGACUCUUCUGAUGCACGAAAAUUCGGAUUUGAUUAGAUUAGUUAUCAAUUCGAUUCGCAAAGAUUUGGACGCACACAACGAGACAAACAACUGCCUAGCACUCCAAGCGAUCGCAAAUAUAGGUGGGAAAGAAAUGUCAGAGAGCUUGCUACAUGAUGUUUAUAGCCUUUUGAUCAGUCCACUAUCGAACUCCUUUGUCAAGAAAAAGGCCGCAUUGACUCUUUUGAGAAUGUAUCGGAAAAAUCCAGAGGUCUUUCCAAUUUCAGAUUGGGCUUUAAGGAUCGUCUCCCUGAUGGUCGAUAGCGACAUGGGCGUCUGUUUGGCUGUUACCAGCUUAGUAUUGACCCUUGCACAAGAUCAUCUUCAAGAUUUUGCGAUCUGUUACCAGAAAGCUGUCGACAAGCUUUACAACGUGAUCGUCGACUUAUGCACCCCGAGUGAAUAUAUCUACUACAGAGUUCCAAUACCUUGGCUACAGUGCAAGCUGUUACGGCUACUGCAAUAUUAUCCACCAACAGAGGAUACUGCUGUUGCAGGUACUCUCCAAAUUGUCUUGACCACUAUCCUUGACAUUGCUCACGAAAUUCCCAAGAAUGUUCAACAUAGCAAUGCCCAAAACGCAGUCUUGUUCGAAGCGAUCAACCUAGCCAUCCAUCUAGAUCCAAACUCGGAGCUCGUUUCUCGAUCAUCAGUCCUUCUAGCCGGAUUCAUUUUAUCCAAAGAAACCAAUGUUCGAUACCUAGGACUCGAUACUAUGUCACACUUAGCUGCGCGGUCGGACGACCUUACUGUUUUGAAAAAACAUCAAGAUACCAUCAUAUUAAGCUUAAGGGACAAAGACAUCAGUGUUCGGCGACGAGGCUUAGAUCUGUUGUAUUCAAUGUGUGAUUCCACGAAUGCAAAGGUGAUUGUUGGAGAACUACUACGUUAUUUAGGAAUUUCCGAUUAUACCCUCAGGGAAGAACUUGUGUUGAAAAUCGCGAUUUUAACGGAGAAGUUCGCCACGGAGUAUGAAUGGUACCUGAAUACCAUUCUGAAGUUGAUGAACACAGCGGGAGAGCACAUCAGUGAUGAAGUUUGGUAUCGGGUUAUCCAGAUAGUUACUAAUACAGAAGAAUUACAAGAAUACGCCAUGCAAAAGGUCUUCGAAUACAUCCAUCUACCCGUCUGUCAUGAGCAGAUGAUUAAACUGGCGGCCUAUAUCAUGGGAGAAUUCGGUCAUCUCGUAGCUAAUAACGAGGGUCUCUCACCGAUCGAGCAGUUUCAAGUCCUUCAUUCUAAAGCUAAUCAAUGUUCGACCAGUACUCGAGCGAUGCUGUUAACGACAUAUUUGAAGUGGCUGAACUUAUUCCCCGAGAUCCGUACUCAGAUUUUGGAAGUCUUUGAAAAAUAUUCACAUGUUUUGGAUGCUGAACUCCAACAGCGCGCAUGUGAAUAUCUUGCGCUCGCACAGCUACCGGAUGAAGACCUCUUGCAAACCGUAUGUGAUGAGAUGCCGCCGUUUCCGGAACGAGAGAGCACAUUACUCAAUCGUCUAACGAAGACUCAAGGAGAAACUGGUGAUAAGCGAACGUGGGUCAUUGGAGGCAAGGAGGCCAACAAGGCGAAGGAAGAAAAUAGACUACAAGGCGUGCCUCGUAAAAACCGUACCUCGAUGCUCCCCAGUCCUGGCCAAAUUCCUUUGCUUCCGGUGGCUUCCUCUUCCACUAGCGGGGUCGCCAAUGCUAACGGCGCGGUAGAUCAGCUAGCGCAAGAUUUGAAUGGCCUUGAGCUGGAGACGAAAUCCAAUGCUGUGGAACGCGCCGAACCACUCGCGUCAUCCGUUUUCACUCCUGGGACUGAAAAGCAGUUGACCCGGCUGAGUUACUUGUCCGAAGGAGUACUCUACGAAGAUGUACAAUUGCAAAUCGGACUUAAAUCCGAGUACCAUGGUGACCAUGGCCAGUUGACACUAUACUUUGGAAACAAGAUCACCGCACCAUUCGAGUCCCUGACACUGGUGGUGGAGAGUGACGAUCCACAAGCACUGUACAUCAGCUUACCGAGGAUCCCGACCAACAAGAUCGAGCCGAUGACUCAGAUUGAGCAGAGGGUCUUAGUAGAAUGUAAAGGGCCGUUUGGAAGGUUGCCAGUUUUGAAAGUAUCGUAUCUAGCCGGAUCACUGCAAACCUUCACGAUCCGAUUGCCGAUCUAUUUGACCAAGUUCGUCGAACCCAUCCAACUUAAUGCGACGACCUUCUUUGAACGUUGGAAGCAGAUCGGCGGGCCACCCAGAGAACAGCAAGAGAUCUUUAAGAUCAAAAAAACUGAAGACGGCGAGCUAAUGAAGAGUAGGAAAAUGGCUCAGUUGGUAGCGGGGAUGAAGCUUAAUAUCUUGGAACAAGUCGAUCCAAAUCCUAAUAAUUUGGUCGGUGCAGGUGUCUUGAAUACUUCAGCCAGUGGUAAAGUGGGCUGCUUGAUGAGAUUGGAACCUAAUGAGAAAGCUCAACUGGCACGCAUUACUAUCAGAACUACCAAUGAUUUAGUCUCAGCCGAAUUGAUUAAAAUUAUCAUCCAACCCCUCAAAGAAGGUUAA